AUGGAUGCUUCUUUGCUUGGCUCUCGGCUGCAACGGCUUCGGCUCCUCCUACGUGCUUUGGGUGCGCUGCUGCUGAGUGGGGUCGUGAGCACUGCUUUGUACAAAGUCCUUCGAGGGAAGACAAAGCAAAUUGAAGACAACUCUCAGUACGUGGUGGAGGAGCACUCCUACCUGCGUCAGGACUGGCAAGAGAAGAGUGUGGACAAGCAAGCCAAGAAACGCGCCGAGGUUUCUGAGAUCACCCAUUUCGGAUUGCCUGACGAUCUUUUUGAGCUUGGCACCAAAUUGGAUGCUGGUGGCCAAGGGACGGUGUUCGUGUGCGUACGGAAAAGUACACAUCACGAGUAUGCUGUCAAGGUCAUCAGCACUGGCUGUUUGGAGAAGAGCGAGCGACAGCUUGCGUCAUUGCGAAAGGAGAUUCGAAUAAUGCGGGAAUUGCACCAUCCCAACAUUGUGAAUUUGCACGAAGCUUUCUGGACGGAUGAUCAAUGUUUGAUUGUCAUGGACUUGGCCCGAGGCGGCAAUCUUUUCGACAAACUCCACGAUGACAUUGUGAACUGCAGAUCUGACCCCUUCCCUGGACUUGGUGACAAAGAGUUUGCCUCCAAGUAUGUUGCUGGUCAGCUGCUGGAAGGCAUAGGCUACAUGCAAGCGCACCACGUGUUGCACAGGGAUCUAAAAUUGGAGAAUAUUUUGAUCACAACCACCAGCUUCUCCGCUGAAGAGCACUGUCCAUUGCAUCAUAUCAAGAUCGCAGACUUUGGAUUGUCAACCUCAAAGGAGAAAAAGGCCUCUUCCAAGCCUGCUCUAAGACGAACAAUGACAGCGGUGGGCACUCCAGACUACGUUGCUCCUGAGGUCUUGCUCGGGAAGUACGACGAGCGUGUGGACUAUUGGAGCUUUGGAGUGAUUCUGUAUGCUAUACUGUGUGGCCGAAUGCCUUUCUUUGUGAGUUGCCUGAGCCCAGACGAGCACAAGGAGCAAGUAUCUCAAGUGAACAGCUGUCCUUCAUGGAAGCCUGUGUCUCGAGAGGGGCGGAACUUUGUGCAAGGGCUUCUGACUGUGGAUCCAGAGUUGAGGAUGGACUUCUCGCAGUGCAGCGAACACCCCUGGCUCGUUGGUGCAGUGUCUUCAACCUGCGCCCUGCUGCCACCAGAAUCGCCAAAAACUGCAAUCAAGGUUGAUUCGUAUGCAGGUGUGGUGGAGAGCAUUGUGGGGCGAACAGGUGAAGGCGUCCACUCCGUGGAGCUUUGGCAACGAAGCGGCAAAGUGUUUCACCACGGCGACGGUGGAGCGAUUCAGACGGUCUUUCAGGUGGAUCCCGAUGAACUCUUGAUGGCCGUGAUGCAGGACUUCUUGUUGGAGAAUGUCCUGGGAAGUUCAUUGGUGUUUUACACCAGCAAAGCACGCAUCCUGGCAAUCUCUGGCUCAGAGGCGCGAACAAGGCGCCGUUUUGCAGCACCAGCAGGGCGGCAAAUCACUGGGAUGCAGUUCGAUGGGCACCAGCUGGUUGGAGUUUUCCUCGAGAAAGUGGGCCAAGAAGGCUCUGUGGAAUGUAUUUCAGGUCGUGUGGGCUCGGCAGUGGACAGCUGUGUCAUCAAGCUGCGGGAUGGCACAACGUAUUCCUACGGAGAACCGGGAGGCGACAUGAUCAGAGGACCUUGGCAAAUCGAGCCAGACGAGUGGAUCAUCGUGGUCGAGCAGUUCUUCCGAGAUCGUAAGCUGGGUGCCUCCUUAGCCUUCUACACCUCCAAUGGACGUGUCUUCAAGCUUUCAGGCAUGACUGCAGUAAAGUCUCCGCGCUUUGCAGCGCCAGCUGGGCAACAGAUCUGCGAUCUGCGCUUUGAGGGCAAUCGAUUAGUAGAGGUUGUGACUUGCCCCAGUGACCUGGCCAAACGACUCAAAGGAGUCGAGCACGGCUCAAAGCCGCGCAUGGCCAACACAGUCCUUGCUUAG